AUGUCAAGCAUACACGGCGACGGCGACGGCGACUGCGACGAUCAUCACGACCAGGGUCACCACGACAACGCCAGCGACAACGCAAAGCUGGCUGUCGUCCGGGUGUUCUCGACAGCCGACGAAGUGAAUGCCUUGCUGCUGUCCACUACGACGUGGGAGAAGACCCGGCCGUGCGACCCUGCCAAGAUCUCGCAGCCCAUCGACUUGGUCCUCGUUUACAGCAAGGACAUCGAGUCGGAGAGGUACAUGGAUGCAACCCCCGACAAUGCGCACACCGUCGUGGCAACUCUCUCGGAGUUGUUCGCCAACAAGAGCUUGGGCUGGAUGUCAUGUUUCGCGGAAAUCAAGAACAUGUCCGUGAAGCUCACGCCGGAGGAGGACCAGUACGAUUUUCACGGCUACAGCAUGAACAAGCAUUGGGUCCAGGGCCCAAACACCGUCUUCACGAACAUCAUGUCGGCCAUGCUCACGGGAGACCUCAGCGGGUAUGAUUCCUUCUUCCUCAUGGAGAUGGAUGCGGUGCCCAUCAAGGCCGGAUGGCUGGAGCAGUUCGAGAAAGAGGCUUUGGAGAUGCCCACGCAGAACAUGGCCAUCCGCGGCAGCAAGUACUUGGGCCACAAGUGGGAUGCUUUCAAGCACCUGAUGCCGGCCCAUGUGGUCGAGCACAUCAACGGCAAUGCCAUUUACAACUUGAAGCCUUGCUAUGAGACGGAUACUUGGCAGGUUCUGGGCAGGUUCACCUUGAAGGGCUGGUUGGAUGCACGGGGUCUGAAACAUCCGUGGCUCAAGUUUUUGCACGACACCUUCACCGGGGAAGGCAACGUUCGCAUGACGGAGGGCAUGGCCUUCGAUGUGGCCUUCGCCAUGAUCACUCAGGCGGCCAUGGACGGCACCGAGAACGAGCUUGCUGCAGCUUUCUGCCAGAGCAAGGGCACCGAUUCGACUUACUCUGGGAACUCGAUGCUCAUUGGCAACUAUGCCAACACGCUCUUGAAUCACAGCUUCGAUGUCCCGACCUACAUUCGCCAUGGCUCUGACAGAAAUCUGUUCCACAGCCUUGCAGACGACCAGGUCACUUUGGGAGUGGCGGUGUACGACCAAAGCACAGGUCACAUGAUGAACACCACUCGUAGCAACCACCCCUUCAAGAACAUCCUGAUGCUUCAGUACUUCCCCGGUAAGAAGACAGUGGAGAAGAUUGCCUCCCCGAGCGGCGAGGUCAUGGUGACCACGCAGCAGGCAACGCAGGAGCCCCACAUGCAUCUGUGCGAGGUCGCCAAGUUGGCGACGACGCCGUGGUUCGCUCUUACUGACAAUUACCAUGUCAUCAAUGCACCUGUCACCGUGCUCAUGGACCACUCCGACCCGCAGAUGCCUGUCCCCGUGAUGCCCUAUGCCCAUGGCUGCGAGCGAGCAGAUUGCCAGGCCUCUCUAGAUCAAGCCUCGGACCUCUUCGGCGUUCACUUGGAGUACCACCACGAUCCGUAUGAGCUGCUCUUCAGCACAAGGGACGCUAGGGACUUCUGCUCCUCCUGGCAGCAAGCGGCAGGCAGCAAGAGCUGGAAGUCCUGCGAGCUGGCGUAUGGCCCGACGGCCGAUGACUACAUCGCCUGGAAGAUCAGCACGAACGACAAGGCCAACCUGAUUGCCACCCCCAAGAACAAGGCCCUGUACGGUUGGAGGGCAUGGACGCAACGGUGGACGCCUGCCCCGAUGGACAUGCGACAGUGCCGGGUGCAAGUCUAUGGACUCGUCGAGUACCACCAUGCCCUCGGGAACAUCACAUCGUGCAGCCAAUAUGUCGAGAAUAAG